AUGCCCAAGUUUGACACGUGUAUAGGUCCCAAGAUCGUGCAUCAAGUGCCUGAGGACUCGAUCCUGACCACGAGCGAACUGUCCGCAGCGUCCAAUGGCACGGCCACCACCUCGCCCUCGAGUGCACCGCUGUUGUCAUUUUCCACCAUCUCGCGCUUCGUGAUUCCUCGUCAGUCGCUCUGUGGGAAUUUGAUCUCCCUGUCGCCUCCGCCGCUCACGUCGAGCACGCCUCCCACACUCGUCCUGUCGUAUCCCAUAUGUCUGACUUCCCCCCACUACCCGCGCAAUGAGUUCAUCUUCAAUUUCGCCCUGGUCCUCGGUGAACCUGCGACGAUCGACGUGCCUUCGUACAAAUCCGUGGUGAAGAAAUUGGCACACUUGAUGCGCAGCCUGGAGGAACAGUCGCACUUCUUGAGUGAUGAUGCCGCAUCCCCAAACUCGGGCAAGAUAUACAGCCUGUGCGAGAUGCUGAUGGAAGACCUGAAUAACUACUGUGAAUGUAUGAUCCCUAUCGACGAGUUGAACACGUUGAACAUCAAGCUGUUUCCCACCUUGCCGAACCCCGCCAGCGUCAAGCCCUGGCAUGUCCCCCUGUUUACCGUGAGGAUCGAGACCAUGGUGGACGAGAACUGGGACUUGACCAUGCUGCGAAUUAUCCCUUUUAUCAACGGCGUAAAUAGCGUGAAACGGAUUGCGAUUCUCGCCGACGCCGACCUUAAGCUCACCAAGAAGUGCGUCAAACACUUGCUCUAUUACGGCUGUAUCCUGCUGCUCGAUAUCUUUAGCUUCAAUGCCAUCUACGCUCCAACCGCCGAAUUUGCCAACAUGAUUGCCAAGGACACCGAGAUGCAAAAGGAAUGCGCCAGAUACGUCAACACGGCGUUUGCACCGGGCGCACAGGAGGAAGUCAUCAUUGACGGCGCCACCGAACGACGUACGAGUGGCCUGACGAAUGCGACCCUUCAGGACGAGGAGAUAUGGCCCUUGACGGGAAAAGGCGACCCCGUCGACGGUGUCGGGAUCGUCCAGCUCUUCGCCAAUCUGCGACAAGGCCUCACUGUGCGAGAAUGGUACGCCCAGAAUGCCAACAUGCUCGCGAACAUCGACAUGCGGCGGUUCGUGACGUUCGGAGUCAUCAAGGGCUUCCUCUAUCGGGUGCACCGGUAUGCCAUUCGCACGCACAAAGGGACGGUGUCCUACGGACCCUCAGACGGGGGUACGGCCCGAUAUGCCCAUCUGACUCGGAGCAUGUCCAGCGAACGACAUUUCGCCGAAGAGUCUUCGCCACGGACGAGACACAAACAGCACAAGCACUCUCGCAGUGUCGGGAAAAUCCAUACAGAGUAUCAGACCCUGAAUGCCAGAAUAGUGGAAUUUCUCGACGGCACACACUGUUUCGAUGAGAUUUGUACGGAUCUGGGGAUCAGCGAAAAAGAUCUUACGGAGAGGUUGAAGAGUCGCGAAAUGGGCGAGGUCACCAUUAUUUGCAGGUGA